AUGUCUGUCCAAUUAUCACUAUCCCUUAUUUUUGUCCUCUCCCCUAAAACACACGGCCUCUUCCCUGCUGAUCAAGCGGACUCGACUCCUGAACCUUGUUGCAUUCCCUUGCCAGCCUCAACUCCCUCGGAUUCCUUGCACAGCAUCCGUACCUUGCUCCCUCCCUCCGCCCGCUAUACCAGUGCAUCACCGCGUCGGGGGGCCAAUUCACUCUCAGACUCCACCGAAACACGUCUGGCCACUCGACACCACGCGAUCCAUACCGUCACGUGCACUAGGCCUCUCUAUUCUCCCCCUCUACACAACCGCUGGGACGACACGCACCCAGUCGAUCCAGGGUCCCAUUUCAACGCUCUCGUCGGAUCGCAAACUCUUGCUUGA